AUGAAAAAUAAUUAAAUUGUUGAUAUUUUAUUUGAAGAGAUUGAAUCUACAUAAACUCACGCAAUUUAACAGUACAGCAAACUUUAUUCAGAACAAAUCACUACAAUUAGAGCUUUAUUUUAAACUAAUGGAAAAGGACAGCAUUCUAGCAAAUGGGAAAGCUAAUCAAAAAGAAACUUAUUAUUUACAAUAAUAUAUCCUUUUUUUAAGAAUUUUUAAUAUAUAAAUACGAUUCCACUAAUUGUAGCUCAUUCUAUUUUGUAAGUUUAUAAAAAUAAAUAUGAUUUAAAUGGAUCUAUAAAAUGGUUUAAUGAUAUAUUUUUUUUUGAUAAGAAAUAAGCUGGAAUUUUAGUUUAAUCAGAAAUAACAGGAUAAGAUAUUGUGAUAUUUAUUGGCGUAGGAAUAAAUAUUGAUUGGAAUAUUGAAAAUGGAAUUAAUCUUGAAAAAAUACUUAAUAAAAAUAUCAAUGUUGAAGAAUUAUAUGAAUAAUUAAAAUAUACAAUUAUUCAAAAUCUAAUUUAGCUUAAUGAACAAGGAUUUAAAUAUUUUUAGAAAAAUAUUAAUCAAUAACUUUAUAAGAAAGGAGAAUAAUGCAUUUUUGUUAAUCUAGAAUUAAAAAAGGUAUGCGAAGGUAUAUUGUAAGAAAUUAAUUCUGAAGGGAUGUUAAUCAUUAGAGAAACAAACGGAUUAAAUAGAGUUGUUGAUAUAAAUUUGAAAAUGCAAAUUUGA